CUGCAGCCACAGGUCACUGUGAUGGCCACCGUGGGUGAGCUGGUGGCCCUCCUGCCCAAAUGGGAGGGGAUUCUGCUGCUGAAUGACUUCGGAAACUGCGUGUACAGGGACCUGAAGGAUUUCAUUGAGAACUUUCACGUCACCCUGCACCGCACUGAGGGCACCUGGUGGUACCGCCAUGUCAACUCUGAUGAUGAUGACUCUCUCAUCCCUCCAAGCCAGGCCCUGGCUGCCUGGGAGAGCACCCCAGGGACCACCCAGUUCUGUGUGAUGGGGGCAGCCAACAAGUGGCAGGAGUCGGUGUCUCUGCUUGUGAAAAGCUGGGCCAAGCUGGCCGGGACAGCCACCAAGCUCCGCAACACCUGCAGGGAUUUGGCCACCAAAGUGGCUGACAGGGUGGCCAGCACUGACACCCGGGCCAGGGACAUGCAGGCCAUGGCUGCCCGUUAUUGGACAGCUCAGGAAAACAUGGGGGAGCUGGGUCAGGCCCUGGGCAGGCAGGAGGAGGCUGAGGUGGUGGCCGGGCGUGAAGCCCAGGGGAGGGAACAUGCCAUGGAGGCUGCCAGCGAGGCCACCAUGGAGAGACAGCGGGUGGAGGCGGCCCUGGGGCUGCUGCAGCGCUUGGUGGCCGCGUGUGACGAAGCCACCGUGCUCCCCCGCGACCUGCGGCGCCUGAUGAAGGUCAUCAAGGCUGCCCUAGAGAGGACAGAUAAGGCGUCCCACAAUGUCCGCAAGGACUUGGUGGCCAAGGUGGCCGAGGCCGAGCGGCUGUGUGAGGCCAACGCCCGCCUGGUCAAGGGUCACCUGGAGGGGAUGCUUGAGACCAUCAAGUUCUUGUUCGAUGGUGAUCCUGUCAGCUCCGGUGCCUGUGGGGUGGCUGAGCAGUGUCAAAGAGCCAUUGAGGACAUCCCAAGGCUCCUUCGACCCCCGGGGUGUCCCCAGAGCAUCCCCAAUUUGUCCCCAAUGAGCAUGGAGCCCCAAAAGGUGUCCACUCCACAGCUGCAGGUGCUGGUGGCCGUGGUGGCCACCCUGGGCGAGGUGGUGGCCACUGUGACGGGGCCACACUGGGGCAAGUUCCCAGACUCCCUGUAUAAGAACCUGAAGAGAUUCACCCAGAGCCUCCGUGCAAUCCUGAACCAAGGUGAUGUCACCUCCCUGGGCCACCCUGGUGUCCCCUCCCUGAGACAGGCCCUGGGCACCCUCUGGACCACCCCCAGGACCACCCGUGCCAAUGUGAGAGCUGCAGCCAGCACCUGGCGGGAGUUGGUGGCCAAGCUCGUGGACAGCUGGGACUGGCUGGCCAGGGAGGCCACCAAGAUCCGUGACAACCACAGGAAGGUAAUCGCGGAGCAGCAGCUGAUGGUGGCCCUGGACAAGGAGGAGGUGACCUGGGGAAUGGCCACACACAGUGCCCGGGUGGCAGCAGCCGGCAAUAAAGCCAGGGCAGAGGCUGGAGUGGCCACCAGGAGGGGACGUUGGGCAGAGAUGGCCCUGGGGCCGCUGCAGUGCUUGGUGGCCACGUGUGACGGAGCCAUCUUGUUCAACUGGAACAUGGAGUGGCAGCUCAGGGACAUCGAGGCCAUCCUGAAGGGGACAAACGAGACAUCCCCUGAUGUCCUUAAGGCCUUGAUGGCCACAGUGGCCAAGUUUGAGCAGCUGUGGGAGGCCAGCACGCACCUGGUCAAGGAACACCUUCUAGGGACACUUGAGGUCAUUGACAACAUCUUCUUCAGUCCCUAUGUUGUCCUGGAUGGCCCUGGCAGACGCGCAGUGGCCGAGCGGUGCCAAAAAGCCUGGGAAGACAUCCCAAGGCUGCUGCAGGAAAGUUUCACAUAG